AGUUGUACAACUUCUGCUUGUGGUGCACCAACGUUCUGUGCUGGACACCAAGAAAGAUCGCAUAAUCUUGCAUACCUCCACAACGCCGCUGUCGCAGGCCACGUCGAAGGCCAAUUCGAAGGACGAGGUGGACACCCUCAGUACGACACUAACCGCAACAAGAAGGAGCCUCCUGUACCUGGAGCUUCCACGACCACGAACAAGAGAAAACCCAGUAGAUAUGGAAGCCGUGACGAUGUUUUUGUUGAUGUUGUCAACAGACCACGAGCAGGUACGACCUCUCGAUAUGAUGAUGUAGAAGUUUCAGAGGUAGUUCCAUACACAGGAGGAAGAUCAACAACUGGUACAACGAAUCCUCCGAUAAUCGAGUUUUUGCCUACCCACGAGACAACUGGGCAGGAGCAGCGACAGCAAGGCUUGUAUAGGACGACUGUGAGUGGAGAACUAGCAAUUGAAGUUGAAGAGACCAUUGACAUCAGCAAGGAGAAGGAACCUCCACAGCAGCAGCAUAGCACUCCUAGAGAUCACGGGGUACGUCGGUUAGCAGUAGCUACGCGAUUCCUUGACUGUGAAGUUUUCUUUUCCAAGGAAAAUACACCCACGUCGAAUACGAAUAGUUCAACACCGUCGAACUCGAAUGGUACACCGUUUCCGCAGCACGAGAGCCUUCAGCUGUUCAACCCUUUUCGUAAAAACACAACUGCGGCUGCAACUUCUUGUUCUGCAAUAACCUGUACUAAAGAAACUACUACUAGUUGUGCUGUUACACUGAGGAAGCCGGGCCAGCUUCUACAAAGAACUUUUGCAACUUCAUCUUUGUGUCGUCCAGGAGUCCAUCCCGGAGUUGCCGCAGUGCUUGGUCCUCCGAAAAUAGAAUCAGGGUCUAUCAGCUACAAGAGUUACAAAAGAAAGAAAGAACAAGCAAUCGCUGAGUACUAUCAAAAGCUUCAUGCAGCGGCCGAGCAGGUGGAAGCGGAGAAGAGGAGGAGAGCACAGUUGACGAACCCGCAGAACGUGUUUUUUCAACAUUAAGGGCGUAACCACUACUGCUCUGACGAUAUUAAGAUAGUAGAUAUAGAGAUAUAGACUCAUUUUUGAUACUUACAGUAGAGACGGGCGCGGAUAUUUCAACAAGAAUCAACAUGAACAUCUAUUAGUUAAUAUUGUAGACCAUCAAUGUCAAAAAUCUUCCCAGUACUACUAAAAAUGUAUUUAGAUUUACAAGAGCCACCCGCUUUGACUUACACUUCUUCACUUGGAUUUGGAAGUCUUACCUUUUUUGUUUGAGUACUACUAGAGUACUAUUAAGAAUCCCUCGCUCUAAUUCAACGGAACGCAUAGUGCUGCCGCUUAUUUUUACAAAGGAGGAUUGCCAGAAGGACCUAGUCCAAGCGCCUCUUCCACGGCUGUUCCGACGUCUGAAGAGGAAGAUGGCGGAAACGACAACUCUUUUUCUCAUCAUGAAUAUAGCAACAGGUACAGGAACAGCAAGACUGGAAGUAGUUUGAACUUUUGCAGUGGUGCUGGUGGUGCUAGUAGUAUCAACAGGAACUACGGUGUUAAUAACGCCAGUGGCAUCGCCAACAGUAGUUUUAACGAGAUCAACACUUCUAGUGGACCACGAGCAGAGGAUUAUUAUGCCAGUCUGGGUGAAACCGUCGUGGACCCCAGAAGAGAAGAUCGAUCAGCGCAGGUGCAUCGAGAAAACUCCGAGAUUAAGGCUGAAAACAAUUCAUUUCUUCUAAAAGCCCUCUUCUCUCCUUGUUGUUCCCUUCUUAGGGCAAUUGAGGAAAAUGUUAAUGUACUAUGCAAGAUGAAAUGAAACGUUUUGAGCUGCUCUAACGAGAGACUUCGCUUAGGAGGACCAAGUAGGACUGAAAGUUUUUGUUUUGUGCCUGCUGUGUCUCAUGAUCUGGAAGGACGGCCGCGACAGGGGAUUUCAUCAGCGUCUCAGCAGCAGCAUCUUCCGCAAGGACAACAGGGGCUUUCUGUUUCUCUUUCUCAGCAAGGACUACAAGGAGGCGUGAUAGGAGUCCAUCAAAGCCCGCAACAGCAUCAAGUUGUACAUCACCCUGCUCUAGUACUGGACCUCUCAACUGCCACGCAUGAACAUCAGCAGCUUUUAAAUAAUAUCUCUUCAUCUGCGGUGGAACAAGACUUUGACUUACCUCGUUUACUUCUGUUACAACAAGAACGAUUGCUUCAAGAGCGCCUCACGCUUAUCAAACAAAAGAACGUUAGAGAUCAGCUUCUUGCCCAAGCCCAAGCAGCUCAGACGGAGGCGGAACGACACAGCAUCUUGGCUGUAACACAUCAAACUUUUAAUAUGCAGCAUCACGCAGGGGGAGGUGGUCCUGGGAACUUUCAGACGGGAGGUGCGUCAUCGUCGAGAGCAGCCCAACUGCAGCAACAGCAGCAAAUGUAUCAGAGACAACAGCAGCUGUUGGCUGGUGCCACGUCAAGAUAUGCAGAUCCAGCAGCGGUGCAGUAUGAGAUGGCGCAACGGCAGGCGUUGCUCGCACAGCAGCAACAGCUACAGCAUACAGCAGCCUUGCAGCGGCAGGCACUGGCACACCAACAAGCGCAGCAACAAGCGCUGGCAGCCCAACAACAGCGGCAUUUGGCUCAGCAACGUGCGCUCGUGGCACAACCUAGAAAUUUAUGCUGAUGUCCUUAAAUAUUUUGCUUUUGACUCAGAGGACUUCUAAGAAUUCUUCUACAAGUUGGACCAGCACAAGAAUGAAUCAUGUUCGUAAAAAUAAAGAUGAUUCAUAUCCUAGACUUUCUUGUUCCAGUUCCAUUCAGGUGCCACAGACUUCUCGAAUUAUCUUUUAAUUUAUGCUUUCCACCUACUCGCCCUUCUUCAUGUCACCAACUCCCUCCGCCUGACGGACAUCACCAGACAGGCGGGCAUCAGGCAGGCAGCCAUCAGCAGAUAGAAAUAGACGGG